GGGUUCCCGCUGGGGCCCAACGAGCCAACACUGCCUCGUACCAGGGCUGACCAAGGAGCCAGGGAGGCAGGCCAACAAAGCAAGGAUGAACGGGCAGCUUGCCUCCCGUUCUUAACGUUAGGCAACCGACCGUCUCGUUGACCACCUCCCAGACACCUCCCAACUUCUAUCGUCCAUAUCCGCCAGCAACUCACGCUUCCAAAUCAAGUCAGUUGUCGAGCUCAAGGCAAUAACGAAGAAACCCGCCAACGAAACCCACCAACCCAAACUCAACCCUAUUCUCCACCCCCCGCAACGAUGGCGACCGCCCAAGCCAACUGCCCCGUCGUCGGCACGACCAACAGCACGCUCCCGCCGUCGCACCCGGACGUCGACCUCUCGCAGCCGGGGCAGACGUGCCCGGUAGUCGGCGCCACGACGGACCACCACUCAAACCUCCACCGUCACCCCGAGGUGCCCAUCCCCGAGGACCGCGCGGCGGGCGACGCGUCCGCCUGCCCGGUGCUCAACAACCGGCUCGUCAACGAGGACAAGAGCAAGGCCAUGGACGACGACGUCUGCCCCGUCGUCGGCACCGCCACCACCGUGCUCCCGCCCGACCACCCCGCCACCGAGGGGAAGGAGGACGGGGCUGUUUGCCCUGUUACCAAGGCCAAGGUUGGACAUCAUAAGGGGAAGCUGCAGGGGCAUCCGGUUGUUGAGGGUGCUGGGGAGGGGGCGGUUUGCCCCGUUGCUGGUGUCAAGGCUUAGGAGGGGCAGGUUGGGAUGUUGUUUGGGAAAUCAUGCAGCGUGAUCAGGGACAGCGCGCGUGUGAGGGUCUUGUGUCUAUGAUAUCACGCGGGUUUAGUUUGCUUGGAUCUCGCAUCAUCACGAAUACCAUCUAUUAGUUUUGAUGCAAAUCGUUUAUUUCGUUCCCAGCUUGUUGGAUGUUUCGCUGAACUUUUCGCUGAACUUGCCGCAGGAAGAGGCUCGUUAUCUUAUCGCAUCUCCCGCUGUUGGGCUGUUGGUGGGGGGUCGCAUUUUCUCCCCGCAAUUCUGUGCCUGAAUUUUCUGCCGCCCAAUUUGUGCCUCUUUCACUUGCC